AUGACAGCCCUUGAAUCUAAAAAGCUUCUGCAGAAGUGGUUUCCCCACACAACCAGUCCCUUCAUCGCCAAUGCCCCGAUGCUCGGAUUCACGGACCCUGAGAUGGCGAACGCCGUCAACCAAGCUGGUGGUCUGGGCUUCAUCAGCGGCGGCUUCAACUUCAAGCCCGAAUCAACACACCUGUCAGACCUAGAGAAGAGCCUAGUACAUACCCGCUCAAUUACAGGAACUACCUCAACAGAAACCCUACCCAUCGGCGUCGGCUUUAUCACAUUCAGUCCCGUGGGAUUUGAAAAUGCCGUCACCAUCCUGGCAAAGUACCGGGUCGCCGCCAUCUGGCUAGCUUUCCCAAAAGCAGAUAUCGACCACGGAUCCCUCGUCCAAAUUAUUCGUGAUUCUCAGAAACAGAAUGGCUGGGAUGUCAAGAUAUUCGUUCAAGUCGGUACUGUGCAAUCUGCUAAAGAGGCUAUAGAUGAGGGUGUGGAUGUUCUUGUUGCGCAGGGUACGGAUGCGGGUGGGCAUCAGUGGGCGCAGGGGGCUGGUCUUAUGUCUCUUUUACCUGAGGUGCGCGAUGCAGUGCGUGCGAAGUCUGCUUCUGAUCGUAUUGCUAUUUUGGGGGCUGGAGGGAUUGUUGAUGGGCGAGGGUGUGUUGCCGCUCUAGGGCUUGGUGCUGAUGGAAUUGUUAUGGGAACAAGAUUCGUCGCGACUGCAGAGUGUCCUGCACCAGAGCAAAUCAAGCAGACAAUCGUCUCGGCCACCGACGGUGCUGUUUCGACGGUCAAAUCGGUCCAGCAUGACGUGUUUCAAUCAACUGAUGUUUGGCCGGCGCAAUAUGAUGGGAGAGCUGUGAUUGGAAUCAGCUAUACGGAUUCCCAGUCCGGUGUUACCGAUGAAGAGGUCAUCCAGCGGUAUAAUGAUGCUAGAAAGAUGGGACAAGACCAUCGACGAACAGUGUGGGCUGGUGCAAGCGUUGGAGUUAUCGAUGCUGUGGUUUCUGUGGACGAGUUGAUUAAAGGUAUACAGCAGGAAGUCAAGGAGGUUGUGGCGAGAAUCACGGCAAACAUCUAG